UCGAUUUGCAAGAGCAGAGAUAAAACUACAAAAAACUACUGAUUGUACAAAACUUGUGAGAAGUAUUUCCGUAUGAUGAAUGGCAUCCAUUUGGCAACUGAUAGUUAUUAGGAAAAUCGUGCUAAACUAAUGAUGGGGAGCGCUACAAGCACGAGCACGAGUAGCAGCGACAGUGACGACGACAGUAGCAGUUUUGAACUGAGUGAUGGUGAAGGUCAAAAGGUCACACCGGCAAAAUCAGACACUGAAGGAGACAAGAAUGAGCUGGAUUUGUCACAACUGUUUAAUCACACAUCCCUCAGAGAGGCAGCCUCCAAAAUCAGGGAUGACAUCCCAGAGACGGUGCUUCAGCAACACCAUGGUCACAUUCUGCGCUGGCUGGAGGACAGAGAACAAAGACAUGAGGAAAUUGUUUCUUUGUCUCAAUUCUGUGACUUGCUCAUGACAAGAGGGGUUGGUCGGGAGGACUGCGUUGAGGCGUUUGGUCAGUUUGAUGUCGAUGGGGAGGGGUAUGCUGAGGUGGCGGCUAUGUUAGAAACGCUAAAGUCCUCCAACGGCGCUAACCUCAAAGGUGAACUUACCCAUGUCAUCCGUACGCUGCAGACCUGCAGCCUUACACCAGGUCUGGUGGAUGUUUAUACAUCAGAAAGAGAGAGUGUCGGUCAUCAAGGAAAGCGACUUGUCAAGUACGUCUUGAGGAACCGCGCACCGAGUACCGGCUUACCGUUCUUCUAUCUGGACGGUUUUAAUAACAUCAUCACUAUGCGUCUCUCAGUCCUCGGAAAAUAUCUCAAUCAGAAACGGAAAGAAUCUGCCUUGAAGGAAUUAACCGAGGAAGAGGGUGGCAUCAUCAAGGUGAUCAACAAAUGUUACAAGUGGAUCCGCGUAUCAACAAGCAGCGACUCCGCACAAUGGUUGGAAGAUCGAGAGCCAAGCACCUACUGGCAAUCCAACGGCCAUGCUCGCUCCCACUGGAUCCGACUGCGUCUUAAAGACGACAUAUGCCUCCAGCAUCUGUCCAUCAAGGUAGCCCAGACUGACCAGAGCUACAUGCCGCAACACAUUGUCGUCUUGACCGGUCGGAACCCAAAUUCGCUUCACACUGUCAGAGAAGUCUCCAUACCAAACAACAUCACCGGAGAAGUGACGCUACUUGAGAAUGCGCAUGUCACUAGCCCCUUGGUACAGAUUAACAUCACUCGUUGCCAUAGCGAUGGGUGUGAUGUCAGAAUCCACGGUCUCAAGACAGUCGGCUUCAGAUCCAUCGCUAACUCAGAGGUGAGCGUCAAAGAUGCGUCGGUCGCUUGGUACUUUGACGUUCUCGCUUCAACUGCGACUGUGGCCAUGGCGACGAGCCCGCCUCUCAGGAGUAUGAUCCUUCAGCACACAAGGACGGCUCUUUCUCAUAUGCCACCCAUGUCCCUGUCCACCAGCCAAGUCGGCAGGAAUUCAUUCCCCAGCCCUCAUGUCUUGGAUAAGACGGAGGACUUCCUCUACAAUGUUGCCAGGAAUUCUGAAGGCAGAUUGGAUAUUGAAGGGAUUAAGAUUCUUCUUGAGCUUGGCCUGGCUAGAGGCAGUGUGGUCAGAAUCAUCAAGGCAUUACAGCUCGUACUAGAUGGUAAUGAUGAGAAAAUCUCAGCUGUGAAGCUGAUGAAAUCGCUAAACACAGUCACAGAGAAAAUGCUCAGGAAGUAUGCAACACAGUUCACAGUGACCCUAGCAGGGUGUGACGGGGGGCAAAAGGAGAGCUCUAGCGGACCAGCCAAUGUCCUGUCAAGCAGCUGGACAAGUGAUUCUUAUUUGUCGGAGAAGACCAAAGUGAACAUGUUUUUCACCAGCGAGACGCCGUUCUAUCUCACCAAGCUACAGAUCAAGGUUUGCAAAGGAGCCAUAGGAGCCAAAGCCGGGUUCAUCUUUGUUUACGACGACAAGGAGGAAUUUGAUCUUGCCAGGAGUGUAGCUAAGUUUGAGAUGUACGACGCCUGGACGGCAGGGGAGUAUCGAAUCCUUCAUGGACUAAGAUCUGCGUCCAUCGCUGGUAAACCCGACAACCCUGUUGCUUACUUCACUCUGGGGAAUGACUGGGAUGAGGUCGAAGUUCAUCUAGAUGAGUUGACCCUAGGUCGUUACAUCCUCAUCAAGUUCCUACGGCCACGGGAUACUGCAGAGAGGCUCGGUAUCCUAGGGGUCAGGUUCUAUGGUCAUGUGACUAACUCAUCCGCCGUCGACAACAUGAUUAAGAUUUUAGUGGCCCCCUUACCCUUUGAUCAAGAGGCAACAAUCAACUCGGCAGAGCUUUGUAUCAGAGUACUUCACUUCGUCGUCAGAAUGACCAAAAAUCAGGAUCUGCUGAAGAAAGUUGAAGGCAACAACGCUAAGAUGGCGACCCUUGAUAUGCAGUCAGUCUCGUUGGGUCUGAUCACUAAGCUUUAUCACUCCAUACCAACGAGUAACUCCCAGUGGAUGCUGAUCCGUAUGUUGACCCUGAAGUUAUUACAUCACAGCUAUCCAUGCAUCAUGAACAAGCUAGAAGCGGAUACCGCUAAGCAUAAACUCAAGAAGAUUAUCACCCAGGCUCUCCCUGCUGAACAGGGAGGAGCUCUAGCAGCAGAAGAGAAGGAUGCUGGUAAGCCAGAUUGGUUAGUAGAAUGGGAGGACUGUAGCCAGAAGAUGUUUACUCAUCUAUGUGAUUUGGUGAAUCAAGACCCGCCUCCUGAUAGUCCUGAGAUGCUCCUCAAGGAAGCCGCUAAGGAGGCCAUUCUGGAUGGAGCGGCAGUGUUUUUCCCAGACAAGGAUACCAGGAAGAAAGAACUGUUUCGUUUGAUGGAUUUAUUAAGUAGUAACGUGGAAGCGGCUACCAACCUCGUCUUCCAGUCGCUGUGUCAUCAUUUUGGAAGCAUCGAUCCCAGUGGCUUGCUCAAUCUACCCACAAAUCCAACCGAGGAAAACUUUGACGAUCAUACCGUUCUGAAUGUAGUGAAGACUCUUCAAUCAGUUGUGUUCAAAGAGUUUGUGGCGAGUCUCGGGGAGCCAUCGCAGCUAACCAGUGGUCAGUCGUACGUCUGUCGACUGCUAGGUGCUGUCCAGGCUAGCUUUAUGGCCUGGUGUAAAGACAUACUACAGCCCAAAACGCCUAAUCCAGCACACGUCAAAAUAGCGCAUAAUGCUAUACUGAAAUACACUAAAAUGCAGUGUGAGGUCAGCGUAAAAGCCCUCAAUAGUCUCCACGCUCACCUGGUGAAGCAGCAGGAAGAAUUCAAACAGAAGCAAGAUAAGACACCAGACAAACAAACCCAGGAUGACAACACCAAAGAAGUUGAUUUGGAGAAAGUGAAGGACAAAGUGCUGCAGCAGCAGGAACAGCUUGCAGAUGCUGCUGUCAGUAACACAGCGCAGCAGGAUGGUAGUCGACGGCAGGAGACGGAUGAAGGGUCAGGAGUGGAUUCUUCAGACCGUCCAGCCGUGCAGCGGGAACAGCAACACCACACAGCUGUAGACAGCGCGGUGAGAUCAGAUCGAGCAAGCCAACCACAACAAGGCGCUGCUACCACAAGCCAGUUGGCUGCAGCGACACCUGCAGUUGCCGUAACUGAUCAGCAGCAGCCGCAGCAAGCAGCAGAACAAACACCUGCAGGAAGCAGCAGCGAGGAACCCGCGAAGAAACUUGGAAUGGAGGAGGAGCUGCAGAUUCUUGUGGAGCAGCGGCAAGAGCGCGUGGAGCAGCAGCAACUGCAGCGGUGCCGGAUGAAGUUGAAACAGCAGCAGCAGAAACUGAUUGAUGCGUUGCAGCACAGCUUCCUAGGAACCAUCAUGAGGCAGCUGACUCUGAUGUUGAUUCUACUGAGCGAUCAGAACCUGAACCAUUCUAUCAUUAAUGACAUCAUGCAAGUGUCCAUAGCAGUCAAGAAAUUGCAGCAGCUGCUCGGAGAAGACUUUAAUGAGAUCCCUGCUGACGAUUCCAAGGAGGGGAACACCAAGAAAGAGAAAGUCACCUUGAGGAAGUGGGACAUUGAAUCUGCCCAUCGAUACCCGCAUAAUCAACACGUCACACAGAUCUUCAACUGCCCCGGGGCGCAGACAUUCCAAGUGGACUUCGACUCGCGCUGUGAAACGGAACUCAGGUAUGAUUAUCUUGAGUUCACGGAUUCCUACGGAAACAAGACCCGUUAUGAUCAGAAGGUUGGCAGUGAUAAAUGGCCGGUGUCCGUCACAUUCAAAUCUCCAGUUCGUCUACAAUUCCUCUUCCAUUCAGACGGCAGCAAUAAUGAGUGGGGGUAUAAGUUCACCGUGACGGCGAAAGGCUCACGUGAUAUCCAGAUUUCUUGGCUAUACGAUCUUCAACUGAGUCUGGCUAAACUGCAAGGGAAGCUCUGCGCCUGUGUCCUUAAUCCACCAAAAGCUAAGAAACCAGAGGCGAGUCCAAGCGCCACCACAGACCCCGAGGAGGGCCAGAAGACGGCAGCGACUAACCUAUUGAAAGGAGAGCUGUGGAGGACACUCUUCAGAGGAGGUCACGAGGUCAUCAGGCUAACCCGAUCCCUGUCCGGUAUCCAUAGAACUGAGCCCAUUGAGUCAGUGAUUAACAGCUUUCUGGUGGAGGUUGCAUACAUCUCACAAGGAGCUUCUCUCAAGUUUAUUAAGAGGUGUCGGGAACAAUACCACAUGCCUUCAGUCGGUGGUGAACUCGUCAACGAUGCUGUCAUGUCGGUGUUUGCUGCCCUCUUGUGGCACUCACAGGAACUCCGAGAGAUUAUCCCUAAUUAUGUUGAUGGAGACUCCACUUGUAAACCCAGUGAUGGUAUAAUCCAAGCAUUCAGAACUGCAGAGGGACUCAGGCCACUUCUGAUUGAUCUGAGACAAAAACGACUGGCAGCCAAAGAGAAUGACCCCAACAUGAAUGUAUCGGAGUUAGAACCCGGUAAGAAAACUCCAGACAACUUGGGGCCUUGCCUUUCAGAAAUUGAAAUAUUCCGAGACAAGGCCCGUUUCCUUCUUCAGUUUGCUGGACUCACGAAGCUGGAGAAGAAACUGGAGCGAAAAUGCAGCGAGUUGUACACAAGGAGCAAGUCUCUAGAGAGUAGAGCUUUCCAAGAGAGACAAACAUCCUCCGAGAGGAAUGCAGCAUUUCAGGGGACGGCCGAGGAAGGCACGGUGCUGAGCCAGUAUCCAGAGUUUAAGCUGGUCCUCGACUUUGUCAAAAAUCCUCACCUCACUGUUGAAAGGGUGAGAGAUCUCCUCAAGGAGAGGCAGGAUCGAGCCAGCGCUGUGGCUGAGAUAUACCAGAUUGCUUGUAAGUUCCUCAAGACGAAUGGCGAGCCAAGCAUCUUCCAGACGGACUGUGUACAGUUCCUGAAAGAGAUGCUGCACACCAGGCACAGCGGAGAAACGCAUUACGCAAGUGGACUAGACGGUUGUGGGCUUGAGCUGGAGGCUAGUUUACGCAGAUCUUUCUACCUCCUUGUACGGAGUCUAGUCAAAGCUAUUGAAAACUUUGAUUGCACAGAACAGUCCGAAGAGGUCCAGAUGGGAUACGCCUGCAUGCAAGCUUGUCUUCUUCACAUUCUGGACGUAGACUGGCAACGUUAUGAUCUGCAAUUCUUGUGCGACAUCAAGGCCCCCCUCCUGCUCCUCAACAUCUCAAAGAGGAACAUGAGCAUCCGAGAUCGGUUGGUGAGUGCCGGGGACGAAGCCAAGCAGCUUGAGGUCCACAAACAGUGCCUGGAAUGGUACGACGAGUUCCAAGACAAUGAGAAGUUCCUGGAGUGGUUUGAUAACAUCGCGGAGCAGGCCAGCCCAGAGGAACGAAGGGCUCGACAGAUGUUUGUGGCACGUUACUGCAACCAGCUACCAUCCAUCAGUAUGAUGUGUGAUGGAUGUAAUAUUACUCUGCCUGGUGCCCACUAUCGAUGUCUGGAAUGUGAAGCCUUCGACUACUGCUACGCUUGCUACUUUGGUGGUGUUCAGACAGAAGGUCAUCUAGAUGAACAUCCUAUGGUCAACUUUAGGUAUAAUUGUGAUUCUUGCCAUGGGUUCAUUGCCGGAACUCGUAUACAUUGUAACGUGUGUGAUGAUUUUGACCUCUGCUACGGCUGCAAUCAUGCACAGAAGUUUCCCGAUGGUCACACGGCUGCCCACAGUACAGAGAUAUUCACCAUGACUACAGUGACCUCUGGUAAUCAGCAAGGUGGCAUGUUGGAGAGUUACAGCCACCAUCAUUCCUGGUUGUUGUUUUGUUCUCUGGCUCUUUCCGUUGCUGAUAUGGUGCGCAAUACACACAGUCAAGAUGUGAAUGUUGAGUAUGUGCAAAAUGCCAACAAACUGUUCCAGCAAUGUAUUGAGUUAGCCACCAACUGCCUGCCGACUGUUGCCCAGACUGCCAUAUCAUUGAAAGAACAAGAAGACGAGAAGACUGACGAGACUGAAAAGACUGAAAAGACUGAAAAGACUGAUGAGACUGAAGAGAAAGAGGACAAGGAGAAAUCAACUGAAACAACAGACAAGAAACCAACAGAAGCCCUUCAACAGUCGGAGUCGGAGAGCAAGGUCCUUCUACAAGAGAAAGCCUUCACUGUGAGCUCACAAGAAAGGGUGCUAGGACUCCUGGCGGCCAUGUUGCUGGAGAACACACCGAGAGACGGCUCUUCGUUGCGACAGGUCAAUAUACAGGAACUUCAUAUUGACGCCAUUUUGCCGCUGUUGCUGAGAAUGGCAAAGGAACGGAACACCCAAGAUAACAUCACCCAUCACCAGACCGUGGCCCUCUUGGGUCAACUCCUCAUCCACAUCCCGCCUCGAGACGCUGACAAGAUUGUCCGAUUAUCCCAGGCACUCCAACCCAAGCAGACGUCCUCAAGCACCAAGGAGGAUGAUGUCUUGGAGACAGUCGUGGAGGCAGCAGGGGCUGAGACGGGUAUCGAGGAGACUGGAGGGAAGGUGGAGGAGGAAGAGGAGGUUAAGAUUGACGGAGCUCUGACGGUUGAUUUCCUUUUUGAUCUUGGUGCAUCUUGCCUUGAGAAGAGUGGUCUAGAGUGGACGUCUCUCAUUGCAAACAUCCUUCAGCAUCUGUGUCUGAUGCCGUCAUGGCAGGUUGUGAUUGCUAAGAAGAUUAGUGAGAGUAUCGGAUGCCUGCCCAAGGAGUGCCCACUCCCCUGCAUCUUCGCUCUCUUUGUGGUGGCCGGCUUUCCUGAGGUUUUAUGUCUCGGCAGUGCUGCGAGGUAUUCUGAAUCCACUGGGGAACAGUCUAACGUCAUUGUUAUUAGACAUCUAGUAGAGAAGAACAGAGCGAUUGUCACCGAUGUUAGAACCAGGAAGAAAAAACAUGUGAAAGAAUACAAGCUGAUUGUAGAUGAGGAGUUUGGACAGAGUCUGAAACCAGACGAGUUUUCGUUCUUCAUCACCAUUACCAAGGACAUACUCACACAGCUCAAAGAAGGUGCUGAACUAAACGUUGAAACAGUCUGGGUCCUGUACCUCAUAAUCAAAGCGCUCCUAGCUAACAUUAAGGGACUCGAUGGUGCAGAGAAAAGACUGCAGCUCCUGACUAGCAACUUACUACCAUUGCUAGUACACUUAGCGAGUCAGGCAACCAAACUCAACAGGCAAUGGAUCUUACGGGACCUAGAGAUUCUAUCGAUUCGUCUCUACACCCAUGACAAGUCCGGCCCGUCCUCAUUCAGCCGGUCCGACGAUCCCGUCUUCAUCGACAGUGACAACUUGUCAUCCCACGAUGAAGACAAUGACAAGGACAACAGUGACAUCAACAAUGACAACGAGGACAGCGAUGACAUCUCAGAGUCAGACUUCAAAUCCACAUCGACGUUCUCGGAGUCCAGCGGGUCCGGGUACGCCACCCCGGACUCCAUGCCACUGAGGGCUCCUCCACCUGUGCCCGGACAGCUGAGGGGAUCAUCCACUUCGUCACAGGGGGGAAUGGAUCCCUUGGAGGGGAUUGAAGAUAAAGCCAAGAUCUUUAUGCAUAUGACGAAUGAAGCCCUGCAGACGCCCCUCCCCAUACUAAGAGCAAUUUAUGAGAAGUCUGGCCACAAUCUUGAGACAGUUGAAACCAAGAUACAGGAAUGGUUUCUUGAAGAUGGGUCGGCAGGUGUAAGUAGCGACAUCAAGGAGCUCGCUAAGAGAUGGGAGCCCAAAAACAACACAGAGAAAUCCUCCAAGAUAGACCUAAAAUCUGUGGACUCGGGGGCUGUUGCCUUCAGCUCGUCAAGCUCUCUUCCUAAGCCUACAAAGACGCCUCAUGAAGCCAUCGCGGAGCCCAUGGUUGAUAUGUCAUUGAAGCUCAUCGCCAGCUCAGAGAAAGCCCUUAGGGAGAGUUACCAAUGGCAACAGAGAUCCCGAAGUGCCGAUCUACUGAAGAAGGAACUCAACACCCACGGCAAGACUAAUCCAAGGGAACAUCUACACAAGAUAAACUAUGCCAUAUCCAUAAUGUAUGCGAGACAUCUACUGGCAGCCCUGCUCGCUGAUUGGCCAUCGGAAGGUCACCUGAUCAACACGGCUACAUUAGGGUGUACAGAGCCUGCUCAGAUGGUCAGCGUUCUUGACCUCCUGCAGAGAGACGAGGAGAAGGAAGUCUUAAAAAAGGUUGUUUCUAACGUCGUCAGCCAUUGUCAGCCAGAGUUGCUAGCUCCUCUCACCGUCGCUGCGUGUACAUUCAUGGAAGAGGCCAGUAUGGCGCCUGUCAUUAGGGAAUCGCUGCAUAAGUACAAGAAUGACACAAGGGAUGAGGGUCACGUGACCAUAGCGGGAGCGACAUUUCUCAGCAUCAAGUUUGAUGAGCGCUGCAGCACGGAAGAGGAAUGUGACGAGUUGUCCUUCGCCGCGGACAGCAGUUUCAAACAGGACAGGCACGAAUUCAGCGGGGGACGUGGAAACUGGAACGACUUUGAAAUCCCUGGAGAUACAGUUUACUACAAGUUCACCUCAGACAGUAGUAAUAAUGACUGGGGAUUCAAGUUCACUGUCAUUGGAAACAGGCUAGGAAGGUUUGAUACUGGUUACAUUAUUCUAAACACGGUGCUAUCUAAACAAGGUCUUGCAAGGCAUAUAGCCUUGCAGGAGUUAUGGGCGUGGUUGGUCCACGUCGCUUGCAGACAGACGGCCCAGUAUCGCCUCAAGACCAUAGAAAUACUAUUACAAGUUCUUCAUACUCUAGCAAGUGCGAAACUGGUAAACGACUCAGCAACCAUAGACCUUGCCACUGCUCCAGAUCUUGGCUUAUUGAAGCCCUUAUGGAGAUUACUAGAAGCCAUGAAUGAGAAGCUAGUACCCGACGCAGCCACGACCACGCUACCCCCGCUACAACGAGCUCUCACAGAACUCUUUAUACGAGCCGAAAAUCUAGCAUUCGAUUGGGGUGUACAACAAGAAUACGCCAUAUCUUUGGUGGAUGAGGACAAGAUCUUAUCUGCCACUGUUCAGGGCAUUCGGAACGUUGCCGCUAUCGGCUUGGCAAUUGGCAUCCCCAAUAAGGCGUCGAGGGAGUGUCAAACCCAAGAAAAUCUAACCAGGAUUAAUUCCACGGGGACUCUAUCUACAACCUUGACUGUAUAAACCACACUCCCGCUGAUGUAAAUGAGAAUAUUUUUUAUUAUUAUCGGUGUAAAUGUAAGUUGUGUUUUGCUCUCUACUGCAGAAUGAAAUUCAGGUUUUUUGAAAUUUCUGGGCAGUUAUGAUGGUAAGCCAUCUCUGUGGAUUCAACGCUUAGCACACAUGCUGAGUGUAUGAUAAAGUUUGCUGAAAGGUCAUUUGAACUCUCCUAUCUACUGAAUAUUCAUCAUAAUUUAAUUGAUUCGUUUGUAAUCAAGGUAGUUCGCUAGUGUGCCAAAUAUGAUUAUUACCCUUCCUAUCUACUGAAUAUUCAUCAUCAUUGAAAAAAAACUUUUUUGUAAUGUAAAGCAAUUAACCGGCAUGCCAUUUGAUAGCGUGAACCCUCCUAUCUACUGAAUAUUCAUUACCUUUAUAAUAUUUUAGUCAUAAAAGCAGUUUCUUAGCAAACAGUUGACUCUUCCUAUCUACUGAAUAUUUAUCAUCAUUCAAAUACCUUUUUAGUAAUGUGAAGCAAUUUACCAGCACGCUCUUUGAUCCCUCCUAUCUACUGAAUAUUCAUCAGCAUUAUAUUUUAGUCAAAAAAAGCAGUUUCUUAGCAAACUGUUGACUCCUUCUAUCUAUUGAAUCUUCAUCAUUAUUUAAAUAACUUUUUGUAAAACAACUAACCAGCACGCUAUUUGAGAACGUGAACCCUCCUAUCCUAUCUACUGAAUAUUCGUCUUCAUUAUGAAGUUUUUGUCAUAAAUGCAGUUUCCGACUUGGCAAGCUACUGACGCCUCCUACAUGUAUCUACUGAAUAUUCAUCAUUAUUCAAAUGUUUUUGUGAAGAGUGCCGUUUUCUAAUAUGCAAAGCAUUUGUUGAUUCUGUGUAUACUGUUAAAACCAGUUGUUCCAGUAAAACUGAUAGGGCCCACUGGGAUUUAUGUCCCAGUUGCCAACUCUCCCCGAUUCUGCAGAAAGUUCCUUGAACAUAAACCAAUCUUUCCAUGUUUUUUUGAUGAACAAACUCAAAAAUAUCCCUGAUUAUGGAGACUUUGUCCCCAUUAUGUUGAGUAUAAUUCUAAGUCUCGCCCCUGAUUGUUGUACAAAAACUCCCUGAUGCAAGAUGCAAAUGUUGGCAGCCAGCGCUGUGAUGAUCUGAAAGGGAAUUUAAAAAUUUGAAAAGUUUUAAGUUUUUGUUGUUAUUGUCAGAUAGAUAAGCUCCAAAGUCAUGAUCAACAAUUGUGACCCCAAUAAUGUAAAUAUAACAGAUUUUAAAUACAACACGCGUUGUAUUUUUUUUCAAGCUUUUUUUUUAAAAUCUAGCUUCUGUGAAGUGUUGUGAUGCUUAUUAGAUUUAAUUUUCAAGAAAAAACACCAUACCUGCCUUAUUAAUGUUCUCAGUCUUCUUGAUCAAAGUUAUUGAAGACCCGCUUACCAAAAUGUAUGCCACAAGUAUCAUCCUUGCAGGGAACCAGCUAAAGUCCAUGGAAGUUUGAUUGGUUGGUGGCUUGUUUGUUCUAAGCUAUAAAGCUCUCCUCUGCUAAGCACCUUCACAGCAUCAAAGGAAAUUCCCUCAUUUUACAGUUCAAAAGGCAACCUUUAAGAUAGAUAUUUACUAAAACAUGGCUGCACAUAAUAAAAGCACAUAAUCAUUAUUACUAUUACUUUUUUGUUUAAGACACAGUGCAUGUAUACAAGAACAAUGCACUGGAUUGCUGGCUUUUGGGUCACAUUACGUCUGGAUCUUAUCUAAGCACAACAGUAAUUUCCACACAAAUAUCGUUACAUUUUGAUUACGUUUUAUAUUUAUACAUAACAUAAUGUAUAUGCUCCAUUUUUUUUCUUUAUCUCCCUUGAUACAAUGUUCCUGGAAGCGUGAAACGAUGCAAGUGGUUGUAUAAUGAUGUAAUUAUAUGAGAGAGAGGAAUCGGACUGUAUAGAAAGUGUACAUAGCUACAUAUAUGACAUUUUUAUAAAGUGUUAUUCUACUAAUGAAAUAUCUCAACUUCGACAACCUAUAAAUGCAACUUUAGGUUUUUUGAGCUGAGUAUUUCGUAAUCAGAUUUAGAAAAUCCUUAUUGAUUUGAGGAUAUGUAUUGUAAGAGAAUGAAGGUAUGAUUCUGUGUCUGGAAUAUAUGGCCAAACAUCACCAAAUGGGAACGAGCGAUCACAAAGUCUGGUUUGCCAUUGGCUAUCAAAGUCUACUGAAGCUAUCGAGUGGUAGGUAGCAGACAGUUGAGGUUGAUCACUGUAGUAGGCCGUAUUCGAAUUGGCGACUUAGGCUACAACUACGGCUAGGGCGCGCGCGUCUGCUAUUCUUGAACACUGACAGACGCGCUGAUCUAGCCGUA